AUGCUGGUGAAGGAGAACCACAGCGUAAUUCUCUACACGGACGAAGAGUGCAUUGAUCUGGUGAAGCUUACAAGUGAUGGAGUCCUGACGAACAAAAAAGGGACCUUCCUACAUAAGGACAUAAUAGGAAAAAAAUAUGGCAGUAAAAUAUAUGACAGUACUUGUAGGAAUUAUAUAUAUGUAUUGAAAAGAACUCCCGAAUUUAUAGCCAUAAGUUUGAAAAAAAAAACACAAACAUUGUAUGAACACGACAUAUCUUUUAUAUGCCUAUUGUGUAAUGCUUUGCCAAAUAAUAAAAUAAUUGAAGCUGGAACAGGCACUGGAUGUUUGACAUACGCACUAGCGAGUUGUGUUUUACCAAAAGGAAUUGUUCACUCGUUCGAAUAUAAUGAAGAACGAUAUGAAGAAGUACGAAAGGAAUUCUCCAAUUUUGAAAAUGUGCGAAAUAAUAUCAAAUUUCAUCACAAAGAUGUCAUAAAUUAUUCCUUUGUAGAGUUCGAACCAGGAGAAAUAGAUUCUGUUUUUUUGGACAUGCCUAAUCCAUGGCUUUGUGUUCCUAAUAUUAAGAAGGUCCUCAAGGAAAGAGGUGUUUUUGUCUACAAAAUUAUUGACGCGCUAGAAGAGAAUCACUUCUGCGAAAUUGUUACCUACGAAUUGGUGAACAAGUCUUGGGAAAUUAUUCGCAAUAAGGGGUCCGCCGCCGGCUCCAAACGGGGUAGCAGUGGCCUCUUGGAGGCGGCUAAUGCGAGGAGUGCCCCUUUCGAGGGGGCUAAUGAGAGGAGUGGCCCCUUGGAGGGGGCUAAUCAGAGGAGUGGCCCGUUGGAGGGAGGAAACCCAAUUUAUAGACUCCGCCAGAAGGAAAACAAAACGCACACCGGGUACUUGAUCUUUUCCAAGAAGCAGCUUAGCGAUGAGGAAGAACAGAUCGAUAUUGAGCUAAAGGGUCUUUAG